CAUAGACUUGCCAUAGACGGUGAAUCACACUCCCGAUUUAUCUCUUAUUUUCAUUGUAUUGUAUUGUUCUGCAUCAUUCUAUGCAUUUGCGCUAUUUUAUGACAAUCUAAUCGGAUCAGAUUCUGCACCUGAUUGAACUAUAAUAAGACAGCAGGCUUUAAUUGCCUAAUCGAACCAAUUUUUUCUAGUUUGUAUCAAGAUGGCUAAACCAAAAACAGAAGAUGCUUCUGAAGAAGCGAAGAAAAUCGUCGAUGACGCAAAAAAUUUUAUCGAAAAAGCUAUUGGCGAUAUUGGAAAAACGUCUGCAACAAAACAACUUAUUUUGGGAACUGCGUCAGGAUGGAUUACCGGUUUUAUAACAAUGAAAAUCGGAAAAUUUGCUGCUGUUGGAAUUGGUGGAGGUGUUAUAUUGUUGCAUAUUGCUAGCCAAAAAGGUUACAUUGAUAUUAACUGGGAUAAAAUCAAUAAGAAAGUUGACAAGAUCAGCGAUAAAAUUGAGAAAGAGGCUACAGGAAAAUCUCCCGAUUGGUUCGAAAAAGUAGAGAGAUUUGUGGAUCGUAAAAUUGACAAAGCUGAAGAUUUGUUAAAGAAAAAAGAGAAAAAAGCAAAGAAAUGGUUUAACAAUGUCACUGGUGAUGAUCACUACAAAGCAACUGAAACGCACAUAUUUUUAACAUCCUUUGUUGCUGGCAUGGCUAUUGGCCUUCUUUGUGGCAAAUAAACAUUCAUUAGUCACAUCUAUUAUCCCUACAGUAGAUCUGUUUAACAUUUAUUAGAUUUGUGAUCAACAUAGUAUGCAUAAGAAAUGUAUAUGAUUUAAAAUAUUGUAUCUCACUUUCAGUAUUGUUAAUUAUUGUGCAAUAAAUGUAAUAAUUUAAAAUCUAA